AGGCUCUUCCCCAAAAUCCAAACCCAAACAACAAAAACAAUGAAACACCCCAAUAAUUAUCCUCUUCCUCCUAUAACUCCAUGAAACUCCUUUAUCCCACCACCUUAUUCCACCAUUUUUUUAAUGGCAACAACAACGGCUAUAUUUCUUGUCUCCCUCACUCUCACACUAGCUUUCAUCCCCAUUUUUCCCGUCACAGCUACGGUGACGGAACUCAACUCACUACUAGCUUUCAAACACAACCUCAACGAUCCACGUGGUGCUUUAUCUAGCUGGGAUGCUAACACGUCAUCAGCUCCCUGUGACUGGCAUGGUGUUACCUGUUACUUUAACAGAGUUCAUCAUCUCCGUCUCCCAAACCUCCAACUCAGCGGCGUACUUUCACCUCAACUUACUAACUUACGCUUACUGCGUACGUUAAACCUUCACACUAAUAACUUCCAUGGCAAUAUUCCUCACUCUUUUUCAUCUUUCUCUCUCCUCACUUCACUUUACCUUAAUAACAACUCAUUUUCCGGCGAUAUUCCGCCGGAUAUUCUCUCGAUUAGUACUCUACAGGUUGUUAAUUUCGCCGGUAACAACCUUUCUGGGAGAAUAUACGGCGGAAUUUCUAACAAUGUUAGAAUACUCGAUUUAUCGUACAAUAAUGUCUCAGGAAAAAUCCGAACUGACUUGUUUUCCGAUGGUUCGAAGAUGAGAGUGAUUAAUUUUUCAUUUAAUAGAUUCUCCGGCGAGAUUCCGGCGAGCAUUGGUGCGUUGCGAUGGAUUGAAUAUUUACGGCUCGACUCGAAUGUUUUAGUGGGAACGAUUCCAUCGGCGAUUUUGAACUGUACUUCACUUGUUCAUUUUUCGGCGGAGGGUAAUUUUAUUUCUGGGAAUAUUCCGGCGACGAUUGGAGCAAUGCCGAAGUUGGAGGUACUUUCUCUCUCCUCCAACAAUUUAUCUGGUGUGGUCCCUGCCUCGUUGUUUUGUAAUGUGUUCAGUCUUGUGUCGAUUCGAUUCGUUUCGUUGGGAUUUAAUGCGUUUAGGGGACUUGCAAAGCCGCCAAAUGGGUGUGCAUUUAAGAGUGGUUUGGAGAGAUUAGACCUUCGUGGGAAUCACAUUGUUGGCGAGUUUCCAAUUUGGGUGGCGGAGAUUCCGUCAUUGAGGGUUUUAGAUCUUUCUGGGAACCUCUUCACGGGGUCUUUCGUUCCGGAGUUUGGUAAUUUGACGAGAUUAGAGGAGAUUAGGGUGGGUAAUAAUUCUCUUAGUGGUGAAGUCCCUGGUGAAAUGGGACAAUGUAGGUUGUUGAGGGUUGUUGAUUUGGAAGGGAAUCAAUUUUCUGGUGAAAUUCCGGGGUUUUUUGGGAAUUUGAGAAAUUUGAGGGUUUUGUCAUUAGGGAGGAACAGAUUUGUGGGUUCAAUUGAUUUUGAUAUUGGGAGCAUUCAGAGCUUGGAAGUAUUGGAUUUGAGUGAAAAUGAGUUGACUGGAGUGGUCCCAAAUGAGUUGCUACAACUCACUAAUUUGACCACUUUGAACCUCAGUUUUAACAAUUUUACAGGGCAAAUUCCUGUAACAAUUGGGGAAAUGAAGAGUUUAAUGGUGUUGAACUUGAGUAAUUGUGGGUUUUCGGGUUCGAUUCCGACUAGCAUUGGGAGUUUGAUGAGGCUGAGAGUUCUAGAUUUGAGCAAGCAGAAUGUAUCCGGGGAUUUACCUGCUGAGUUAUUUGGGUUGCCUAAUUUGGAGGUUGUUGCAUUACAGGAGAAUGAUUUACAAGGGGAUGUUAUUGAGGGAUUUAGUAGUUUGGCAGGUUUGAAGUACUUGAAUCUUAGCUCCAAUUCUCUAUCGGGUGAUAUUCCGGCUACUUUUGGGUUCCUCCGGUCCUUGAAUGUCCUCUCUCUAUUGGAGAAUCGUAUCUCAGGGGAAAUCCCACCUGAGCUUGGUAAUUGUUCAGAGUUGGAAGUGCUUCAACUUGCACGGAAUCGUUUGGUGGGCAAAAUCCCGAAUUCUUUAUCACGUUUAUCUCAUUUGCAGGAGCUUGACUUAGGUCAUAAUAAUUUGAAUGGUGAUAUUCCAGAGGAGAUCUCAAAAUCCUCUAAUUUGCAAUAUUUGGUGUUGGAUUCUAAUCAUUUAUCAGGGUCUAUACCAAGCUCAUUGUCAAACUUGCUACACCUCGAAAUGCUGGAUCUUUCAUCUAACAAUUUGAGCGGUUCCAUCCCUGAAAAUCUCACCCAUAUAUCCACUUUGAAUUACCUCAAUUUGUCCUCCAAUCAUCUCGAAGGCGAGAUCCCAAAACCUCUAGGCUCCCACUUUAAUGAUACUUCAUAUUUUGUAGACAACAGAAACUUAUGUGGGUUUCCAUUGAACAAAGAGUGCCCUUAUGUGAGAAGGAGAAAAACGAGGAACCUAAUAUUGUUUAUUGGUGUUGCUCUUGCUGGCAUUCUCUUCAUAUCACUGUGCUGUCGUGGCUUUAUCAUAUGCCUCCUCCGUUGGCGGGAUAGGCUCCAAGCCAGGGCAGGAGGAGAGAAGAAACCAAGUCCACCGCGGAAAAGCUCAGGUGCUGAAAGGAGUAGAAGCAGCAGUGAGAAUGGUGUUCCAAAGCUUGUGAUGUUUACAAGCAAGAUAACAUUGCCCGAAGCCUUAGAGGCCACAAGGCAAUUUGAUGAGGAAAACGUCCUAAGUAGAGGAAACUAUGGUACUGUAUUCAAAGCCUCGUUCUCUGACGGAACAGUCCUCGCAAUCCGGCGAUUACCCGAUGGAGUCCUGAACGAUCGAGCCUUCAAGAAGGAGGCUGAGUUGCUUAGGAAAGUGAAGCACAGGAACCUCAUCGUUUUAAGGGGGUACUAUGCUGGUCCACCAGAUUUACGACUCCUGGUUUAUGACUACAUGCCUAACGGAAACUUAGCUACACUUCUUCAAGAAGCAUCACACCAUGAUGGGCAUGUACUAAAUUGGCCUAUGAGGCACUUGAUUGCUCUUGGGAUUGCUCGGGGGAUCGCGUUUUUGCACUCUUUAGAAAUGGUUCAUGGUGAUGUAAAGCCUCAAAAUGUGUUGUUUGAUGCUGAUUUUGAAGCACAUUUAUCAGAAUUUGGACUAGAUAGGUUAACAAUUGCAGCACCAGUUGGAGCCUCAACAUCAACUUCACCAAUUGGAACACUUGGGUAUGUUGCCCCAGAAGUAGUUUUAGCAGGUCAAGUAACAAGAGAAGGGGAUGCUUAUAGUUUUGGGAUUGUUUUGUUGGAGAUAUUGACUGGAAAGAAGCCCAUUAUGUUUGAGCAAGAUGAUAAUAUUGUGAAAUGGGUUAAGAAACAAUUGCAAAAGGGUCAAAUAUCCGACUUACUCGAUCCAGGUUUUCUCGAACUUGACCCAGAAUCAUCUGAAUGGGAAGAGUUUUUACUUGGAAUCAAAGUGGGCCUCCUGUGCACUGCACCCGACCCGGCUGAGAGACCAUCGAUGGCCGAUAUUGUCUUUAUGCUUGAGGGUUGUCGGGUGGGGCCCGAUAUCCCUUCUUCUGCGGAUCCAACGUCUCUUCCUUCCCCUGCUGGGUAACACGACAAAAUUAAAGUUGGCCACCCGACCAACUUUGUUUAAAAAAGAAUUUAUGAAUUUGUAUUCUGUGUCAAUUUUAACAUAAUGUAUUGGUGAUUUAGAUUUUAGAUGUGCUAUAGAGUAUGUAAUUGUUAAGUUGAUUAUGUUAAACCUUUGAUUUUUUUGCAAGUUGGAUGACUCUAAUGCUGAGAUAUGUGACACUAUAUUAAUUUCA